CGAGCAGCAGACAGUGGAGGAGCAGUACUCUGUUCUUUCUAACCUCCCGCUCGUGGAGACCACCUGUCGGUCCGCUUCUUCUGGAAACAUGUCCAAGGCGCCGCAGCCCACCAUGGACCCCACCAAGAUGGGGAUCGGGCGGUCCAUCGCCGUGCUGACAUCGGGAGGAGAUGCCCAGGGUAUGAACGCUGCUGUGAGAGCCACAGUCAGGGUUGGUCUCUACACCGGAGCCAAAGUCUACUUCGUUCACGAGGGAUACCAGGGCCUGGUGGACGGAGGAGAAAACAUUCGCCUGGCCACGUGGGAGAGUGUGUCCAUGAUGCUGCAGCUGGGAGGAACCGUCAUCGGCAGCGCUCGCUGUAAAGACUUCAGGACCAGGGAGGGCCGCAUGCAGGCCGCCUGCAACCUGGUGAAGCGCGGCAUCACCAACCUGUGCGUGAUCGGAGGAGACGGCAGCCUGACCGGAGCCAACGCCUUCAGGACGGAGUGGAGCGGGCUGCUGGCCGACCUCGUCCGAGCUGGUAAGAUCACAGAAGACGAGGCCAAGAAGUCGUCCCACCUGAACAUCGUCGGGAUGGUCGGCUCCAUCGACAACGACUUCUGCGGCACCGACAUGACCAUCGGCACCGACUCCGCCCUGCACCGCAUCAUCGAGGUGGUGGACGCCAUCACCACCACUGCCCAGAGCCACCAGAGGACCUUCAUCCUGGAAGUGAUGGGCCGACACUGCGGGUACUUGGCCCUGGUGACGGCUCUGGCCUGCGGCGCCGACUGGGUGUUCAUCCCUGAGAUGCCUCCAGAUGAGGGCUGGGAGGACCACUUGUGCAGGAGGCUGACAGAUCAAAGAACCCGCGGGUCUCGUCUCAAUGUGAUCAUCGUGGCCGAAGGUGCGAUGGACAGAGAAGGCAAACCCAUCUCAUCUGACCAGAUCAAAAAGCUGGUGACGGACAGGCUCGGGUUCGAUACCCGCACCACCAUCCUCGGACACGUGCAGAGAGGAGGGACGCCCUCCGCCUUCGACAGGAUCCUGGGCAGCAGGAUGGGAGUGGAGGCGGUCAUGGCUUUACUGGAGGCCACUCCGGACACUCCGGCCUGCGUGGUCAGCCUGUCGGGGAACCAGGCCGUCAGGCUGCCGCUCAUGGAGUGCGUGCAGGUGACAAAAGAUGUGACGGCCGCCAUGUCUCAGGGACGGUUUGAUGAAGCGAUCAAGCUCAGAGGAAAGAGUUUUGAGAACAACUGGAACACGUACAAGCUGCUGGCUCACAUCAACCCUCCAGAUGUGAAGAGCAACAUUAAUGUCGCCAUCAUGAACAUCGGCGCCCCGUGUGCCGGUAUGAACGCUGCGGUCCGCUCGGCCGUCAGGAUGGGGCUCAUCCAGGGUCACAACAUGCUGGCUGUGUACGAUGGCUUCGACGGGCUGGCUCACGGACAGAUUGAACCCAUCACCUGGACUUCAGUGAGUGGCUGGACUGGAAAAGGAGGCUCCAUGUUGGGUACAAAGAGAACUCUUCCAGCCAAACUUUUGGAGGAAAUCAGCCAGAACAUCGCCAAGUUCAACAUCCAUGCUCUGGUGAUCAUCGGUGGAUUUGAGGCGUACGUCGGCGGUCUGGAGCUGGUGCAGGCCAGAGAGAAGUACGAGGAGAUGUGCAUUCCCAUGGUGGUCAUCCCAGCCACCGUCUCCAACAACGUCCCCGGGUCGGACUUCAGCAUCGGCGCCGACACCGCCCUCAACACCAUCACCUCCACCUGCGACCGGAUCAAACAGUCCGCGGCGGGGACCAAACGCCGCGUGUUCAUUGUCGAGACGAUGGGUGGAUACUGCGGCUACUUGGCCACCAUGGCUGGUCUGGCGGCCGGAGCCGACGCCGCCUACAUCUUUGAGGAUAAAUUCAACAUUAAAGAUCUGGAGGUGAACGUGGAGCACCUGGUGGAGAAGAUGAAGACGACCGUGAAGAGAGGUCUGAUUCUCAGGAACGAGAACUGCAAUGCCAACUACACCACUGACUUCAUCUUCAACCUGUACUCCGAGGAGGGGAAGGGCGUCUUCGACUGCCGCAAGAACGUCCUGGGACACAUGCAGCAGGGAGGCACUCCGACACCCUUCGACAGAAACUUUGGCACGAAGAUGGGCGCCAAGUCUGUUCUGUGGCUGACUGAGAAACUGAAGGAGUGUUACAGACAUGGCCGUAUCUUCGCCAACACCCCGGACUCUGCCUGCGUGCUGGGCAUGAAGAAGAGGUCGCUCACCUUCCAGCCGCUUGUCGAGCUGAAGGGAGACACAGACUUUGAGCACCGCAUCCCCAAGACACAGUGGUGGCUGAAGAUCCGCCCCAUCAUGAAGAUCCUGGCCAAGUACGACAUCAAGCUGGACACGUCCGAACACGCCGACAUGGAGCACGUGAUCAAGAAGAGGACUGCUCUCGCCAAGUAGACUCAGCACGACGGGGGAUUGGUUUGUUUUUCUGUCCGCAGACUGUCAAAGAGCUGGAUCACCAACGAACUCAGUGCAUUGUAGCACUUGCAAGUUUCAGAAGCUCUCCAAAAAUAUGUAGCAGAAAACUCAAUCUUAAACUGAAUAAAAAUAUAUUCUGAAAAAGAAACAACGCUGCAGUGUUGGUGAUUAAUGGAGCCUGAUGUUAAAUGUUUUGAGGCACAUUUUUGAUUUGCAUUUUGCAGACAGUGUCGGGUCAAAGUGUACUGAUGGAAGUUAUUUAAGGUUCGGGAGUAAGCUGAGUGUGAUCUUACCAGCAGAAUUGGGAUUUAGUUCAUAUUAGCGAUGUAAAAUGGUGCCGUCUGAAGAUUACAGGCACAUCUCUCAAAAAUAGAACGUAUUUCCUGUAAUUAUACCUUCAUUGAUGACAAACUCAA